CACACAGCUAUCUUUUAUUUCCCAUUUCUCUCGAUCCUCCAAUGGCAAUGUUUAGUCUUUCUCUCGUCUCUAAACCCCUAACCCCUAUUUCUCUCCCCAAACCCUACGCACCCACUCUCGUUCUCACUCCGACAACUUGUCUCCGCUUCGACUACAGUAGCCCGCACUUGAACCCCGCUGCCUCCAAAUCUCGGCCGUUUGUUCGAGCAGCAGCCGUUGAUGGGGAUUACUCGGCCAAGAGAAGCAGUGGUAGUAGCAGUGGCGAGCCCAGGGAGACCAUCAUGCUACCGGGUUGCGACUACAACCACUGGCUGAUCGUGAUGGAGUUCCCCAAGGACCCUGCUCCCACAAGGGAGCAGAUGAUUGACACUUACCUCAACACUCUCGCCACUGUACUGGGCAGCAUGGAAGAAGCAAAGAAGAAUAUGUACGCUUUCAGUACCACCACCUACACUGGAUUCCAGUGCACGGUUGAUGAAGAAACAUCUGAGAAAUUCAAGGGAUUGCCUGGGGUUCUCUGGGUAUUGCCAGAUUCAUACAUAGACGUCAAAAAUAAAGACUAUGGAGGGGAUAAGUACAUCAAUGGAGAGAUAAUUCCCUGCAAGUACCCUACUUAUCAACCAAAACAACGCAGUGGAUCAAAAUAUGAAAGUAGAAGGUACGAGAGACGAAGGGAUGGCCCCCCUCCUGAUAAGAGAAGACCUAGACAAGAGGCAUCUACUUCAGACUCAGCCCCGGCCUCUGGUUGAGGUAGUGGGAUUUUCAUGCCAUACUAUGCCUUUCUUUCAACGAUUCAGUUUUUCAAGUUUGAUCUUAAAGUUCUUAGUCUGAUGGGAGUUGCUCUCUAUCAUUCUUCAACAUGUUUCUGUGAACAAUACUGGCAUGGAUAAGUUAGCACGAUCAACUGAGUAGUGUCAUCUCAGGACUAUGUGGGUUUGAUGUAUGAGUAUCGUACAUAAAGGGGAUUUUGAAUUGUUGAACCUAUGGUUAAUCUAGAGUUACUUCUGGGCAACUAUAUGUGGUUGGAAUUGUUUUCAUAUAUCAAUUUUCUUGCCCUCUUCUAUCU